AUGGCUCUUAGGAGUAGAAAACGUCAGCGCGUCUUGCCGGUCUCUGAUGUCUCUAAGCGACGAAAGGUUGAUACUUUUGCGGAUGUUGGCACAGCCGAGCUGGCGACUCGCCACACGGGUCGAUUCGCUUCUUCAGGAACUGUGCUUACACUUGGCACCGGCGAUACUGGCCAAUUGGGCCUCGGCCCCGAUAUCACGGAGCGCAUGAAACCAGCUCUCAUGCCACCGGCUAGCCUUUCCAGCGCCGGUCUAGAUCAAGAUUCUGCAGAGGAUUUUAUUCAGGUUGUAGCCGGCGGCAUGCAUACCGUCUGCCUCACCUCGGAUGGGCGGGUCUUCACUUUCGGUUGCAAUGAUGAAGGUGCUCUCGGUCGCCCCUCCGGAGACUCAUCUUCGGACAAUGAUGAUGGCAAACCUAAGACUGAGUCUGUUGAGGAAUCAAGACCCGGUGUCGUUAACUUCCCCGAGAAUUGCGUAAAAAUCAAAAUGGUUUCUGCGGGUGACAGUCAUAGUGCAGCGCUCGAUAAUCAGGGGCGUGUGUGGUUGUGGGGAACUUUCCGUGGGGCCAGCGGGGCAAUCGGACUUACCAAGGCUGGUGAGAUAUGCUGUUCUCCUGUCCAUCUCGCUAGCCUCACUGCUGUAGUUGUGAAAAUUACCUCGGGACAGGAUCAUCUCGUCUGCCUCACAGACGAUGGUCGUCUUUUCACCAUUGGCUGUGGAGAACAGGGACAGUUGGGACGAAUUGCCGAAAGGUUUGCAAAGGAUGGCGGUCGCAGUGGUAUUGAUUUUUUACUACAACCUGGUGAAUGCCGACUUCGUGGUUCGAAGCGUUUCGUUGAUGUUUGGGCCGGUGGUUUUGCAACAAUAGCUCGUAUGACUUCUGGUGUUAUAUACGCUUGUGGCCUCAAUAACUACGGCCAACUUGCUCUCGUCAAACAGAAACCUGAACGUGACAAAGAAAUGGAGGUUGGUGAGACAAUUCCUGAGAACACGGAAAGCGUCACAGAAUUAGAAAAACUAUCCGAAUCUAUGCUGUCUAGGAAGCAGGGGCCUCUGGUUCAGUUUAUGCUUACUCCGGCAUGUGGUUUUGAUCCAGAAACGGAUUGGACCCAGUUUGCCAUCGGAAUGCACCAUACUUUAGCGUUAACUGCCGCCGGAGCUGUUUACGCAGUUGGUAGAAGUGACUACGGUCGCCUUGGAAUCUCCUCUGAUUCAGACAUAGAUGCCUCUGCAGUUUCUAGUCCAAAACUCGUCCAGGGAACUCUUUGUGGUCGGAAGUGCAGUUGGGUUGCAUGUGGCGAGGCCUGCUCUUUCGCCAUAGACGAACAUGGGAAGGCAUUUUCCUGGGGCAUGGGAAGCAACCAGCAGCUGGCCCAUGAAGAAGAGUCUGAAGAUGCUUUUGAGCCCGGAGAAAUGGUUGGAAAAAAUCUCUCUACUAGGCGCAUUGUCAUGAUCGAUGCUGGUGGCCAGCAUGUUGUUAUGCUCGCACAAGACCCUUCACGCACCAUGCCAGAGUCCAAAGAAUCCGAACCAGGAGAAAUGCAGGUUGAUUCCGUGUCGACCGAGGUUAAGAAAUACGAGACAAAUGGCAUUCAUACUGGGGUGGCACCAAUGGAUACAAGCAGUACGAGUGCUCAGCAGGAUGAUGCAUCUCCAAAUAGUAAAGAUCUCCCCGACAAACCUAUCCUCGACACUCUCAAUGCGCCUCAACCUCCUCCAGAGGUCGCCAGCACUGCUGGAGCUACUGUGAAUAGCAGCUCUUUGCACAGCUGCUCAUUGGUUGCCAGUGACCAGUCCUCUCUAAGCAGUGCUCAUAGUACUGAUGGCGGAGGGUCAAGCCGCCUGGGAAGUUCACUGUUCGCUCAGCCGGUAGACGCGCCGACGCUGCAAAAGGUCACAUCUGCAACCACGGGCCCCAACUGUGGGGGCAGUACGACAAGUACCAGCGAACCCGGCUUUCCUUUAACUGAUGGUGGUUCGAUGACUGCUUCCCCCGCAGACACGCACUAA